UACACACAACAACAGCAACCAGCACGAGCCAGAAGGUGGUGAUAACGAUCAUUGUGUACGCCUGUGUGUCAUCGCGCUAUUUCCACCACGAACAGCGCGCCGAGAGCCACCUGUUGUAUGUGAGGCGUUCGUGGGCUCAUUGCGCGGAUUGCGUUGGUUGACACUUAGUCCGCUUCGUCAGUUCCGUGUGCGCAGACGACCUCGACGGCCCUUCCAUCGAUCGAGCGCGUGUGCCUGUGUCUGUGAGGGGUGGAAAAUCAGGUGUUUUCACCUGCGGAAAGCACCGUGAUCGCGGCCACUCUCGACGCUAGUUCGCAGGAGAGAGUGAAAAGCCACUUUACGCGACUAAUUACGCGGACGUAAAGCCACUGCCGGUGACCGUGCCCGUGACUUUCCUCUAGCCAGUGAGCCAGCCAGCCGGGUGUAUCUGUCGGUGUCGGUAUUUCCCACCACCCACCAGCAUCGUGAGUUAGUGUGCGAGGCCUCCACAGGCAUCUCCGUGUGCGUUGAUAGCGUUAGCGCGAUAAAACUCUUUGCUCGUCACUCGCAGUGCAGUGUUGUGUGUAGAUCUGGUCGGGCAGUCGGCGCCUGGUGGCCACGCUCUGACGUAUCUCUCACCUCCCCCACUCCCCUCGCCUUUCAAACUCGAUAAGUAGCCACGCCGAGCCAAGCGAACUCUCGGCGAUCUCUUCCAACCGGGCCCCGUACGAUCGCUUUCGCUCUCUCUCUCGGUCUCUCGCGGUCUCUCGCGGUCUCUGUCGGGCGCCAUGCCUCGUUGCAUUCAUGAUAAUCUUCGUCUUCGUACCGCUGUUGGACCGCGGCACUCUGGCGACGAUCCGGAAGCCCCCUUGGCUCAGUUAGUGGGCACGAUCGAGCAGAGGCAAACGCUGCAGAAGAAGGUGGCCGCAUCCGAUCGCGCUUCGUGCGACAGUGGCAUCUCCCUCGAAUCCGAUCCGGCCACGGUCGUCGCGAGUCCGUUGGCCGUACGGAGGCGACCCGCAAAGCCCCCUCCCAGCGGUCCAGCUGCAACCGGUGGUGGUGGUGGUGGUGGAGUGUGCAAAGCAUCUUACGUCCGCCGCUUGACCCAGCUCUUCGAGAAUCUUUCGCACGAGGAGCUCCACCAGCGCGCUAAUGAAGAGAACUUCCUCGCCGAGGAGUCUUAUCAUAAUCAACGGCAACAGCAACCGGCAGCGAUGUAUGCCAGUCGCGCCGCCCCGGCCACUGGUUCCCCACUGGUCGCUGCAGUGGUGGCAGAAUUGCACCAAGUGAUCGAGGAACCCGGAGUACCGGAAGAGGCGGAAGUGGUUGAAACCGUGGCCGCGGCUGCGGAAGUUGCACAAGAAGCGAUCGAAGCGAGUGUUGAGGUGUUGCGGGAGGUGAAAAGAGGCAGCCGGCGAUCGAUGGCUACCCCACGAGUGGCGAGCCACCGCAGUACGAUGAUGGACGACGGCGAGUACUACAGUUAUACCGACGAUGAGUUCGAUAGCACCGGAGACGAGGAGGAGGACGAGCAUGAGCAGCAGCAGCAGGGUAGUGUUCAAGGUGAACUCGCGGCAAGAGCCGACGAUUUCGGAGAGAGUGAGAGCAGCGCACCACUGCUGCCGGACGACAGUGCUGCGGUACCGGAAGCACGCAACCCCCAGCUAGUGUCGCCGGAGCAUCGUGGUAAAGCACGGUACGAUGAGGCGGAGGAGGAUGAGUUUAGCUCCAGCUCGUUCGAUAGCGACUCGGACGAUGAACACUUUGCUACGUCGUCGGGUUACUUGCGCCCGGACUCGGACAGCUCACUCAAAACGAGUCGCGUGAAAAGCAUUCUGCAGGAACUGCUCCAGAACGAGGCCAACUACGUGCAAACGUUGGGCCGAGGCAUUGAGAACUACGUCAGCAUCAUGGGAAGCAAGGAACUGCCACCGGGGUUGCGUGGCCAACGGUAUCACAUCUUCGGUAACAUCGAGAAGAUACACAGCCUACACCAGGAUCAGUUUCUGCCGAUGCUGGAACGGAAUCAGGCCAGCAUACAGGGUAUCGCCGAGACGUUCAUUCGGUUUCUGGAGCGCGACAAGUUCUACUGCUACAUCAUGUUUGCGCUGAAUCGCCCGAAAUCGGAGCGGAUAUGCAAUCGGAAUCUGGAUUUCUUCCAGCGCCGCCAAGCCGAUGUGGACGAUAAGCUCGGCUUGAACAGCUUUCUGUUGCAACCGAUCCAGCGGUUACCGCGCUACAAGCUGCUGCUGGCCGAAAUCAACAAAGAAAUUCUGAAGCAGAUGGAAGAGACGCUGCUCGAGGCGGUCAAGGGUGAGAUCGGUAUCCUGUGUAAAGCGGAGAAGCGGCUCGAGCGCUUCAUCGACAUCGUCAACGAGGCGAUGAGCAUCAACGACAUCCAAGAGUGCUACGAGAUUAAUCUGUUCCACCAAGGUAAGUUCCGCAAGAUGCUGGAGGUGGACAUCUACGACUGGGACCAACGGAGACGCUAUCCGGCCAAGAUGUUCCUCUUCGAGCGAAG